CUUAGACCAUAGAGGAUUUGGUGGACAAGUCAGAGACACGUUCUCCAGAACUGAAGCCAUUCUUCAAGAAGCCUACAAGAAAGGAGCUAUGGAGAACGGAAGAGCACGCACUCAGCAGAUAAGGCAAGUCCUGCUUCUCUUUGUUUUGCUGGGAAUGUCUCAGGCGGGCUCUGAACCUGGGAGCUUUUCCGUGGCAGAAGAAAUGCAGAGCGGGAGUUUUGUAGGCAAUCUGGCAAAGGACCUGGGGCUAAAGGUGAGAGAACUGUCCUUACGGGGGGCUCAGGUGGUCUCUAAUGAUAAGAAACAGCGUUUGCAGCUGGACAUAAACACUGGGGAUUUGCUCUUAAGUGAAACACUAGACAGGGAGGAGCUCUGCGGUUCCAUCCAGCCUUGUGUGCUACAUUUCCAGGUGUUAAUGAAAAACCCCACGCAGUUUUUACAAAUUGAACUUCAGGUCAGGGAUAUAAAUGAUCACUCUCCUAUCUUCUUGGAAAAACAAAUGCUCCUAGAAAUCCCAGAGAAUAGUCGUGUUGGUGCUGUGUUCUUACUAGAAAGUGCGAAGGAUUUAGAUGUAGGAAUCAAUGCUGUGAAAACCUACAUAAUAAGCCCCAACUCUCAUUUUCACAUUAAAAUGAGAGUCAAUCCAGACAAUAGGAAAUACCCCGAGUUAGUUCUGGACAGGGCACUGGAUUAUGAAGAGCGCCCGGAGCUCAGUUUCAUCCUCACUGCUCUGGAUGGCGGGUCCCCUCCCAGGUCUGGAACUGCCUUGGUCAAAGUGGUGGUUGUGGACAUUAAUGACAACUCCCCUGAAUUUGAGCAGGCUUUUUAUGAGGUGAAGAUUCCAGAGAAUAGCAUCCUUGGCUCCCUGGUUUUGACUGUCUCAGCUUGGGAUUUAGACUCUGGAACAAAUGGUGAAAUAUGCUAUACUUUAUCCCAUGCUUCAGAAGAUAUUCGCAAGACAUUUGAAAUUAAUCAAAAGUCUGGAGACAUUACUUUAACAGCACCUUUGGAUUUUGAAACGAUUGAAUCAUACUCAAUAAUCAUUCAAGCCACAGAUGGGGGAGGACUUUUUGGAAAAUCUACAGUCAGAAUUCAGGUGAUGGAUGUAAAUGACAAUGCUCCUGAAAUCACUGUGUCAUCAAUUACCAGUCCAAUCCCAGAAAAUACGCCAGAAACCGUGGUUAUGGUUUUUAGUAUCCAAGAUAUAGACUCUGGGGACAACGGAAGAAUUGUUUGUUCCAUUUCGGAAGACCUCCCAUUCGUGCUAAAAUCUUCAGUUGAGAAUUAUUACACCUUGGAAACAGAGAGACCACUGGACAGAGAGAGCAGGGCCGAGUACAGUAUCACCAUCACUGUCACCGACUUGGGGACACCCAGGCUGAAAACCGAGUACAACACAACCGUGUUGGUCUCCGACAUCAAUGACAACGCCCCCGCCUUCACCCAAACCUCCUACACCCUGUUCGUCCGCGAGAACAACAGCCCCGCCCUGCACAUAGGCAGCGUCAACGCCACAGACAGAGACUCAGGCACCAAUGCCCAGGUCACCUACUCGCUGCUGCCACCCCAGGACCCGCACCUGCCCCUCGCCUCCCUGGUCUCCAUCAACACAGACAACGGCCACCUGUUCGCCCUCCGAUCGCUGGACUACGAGGCCCUGCAGGCCUUCGAGUUCCACGUGGGCGCCGCAGACCGCGGCUCCCCCGCGCUGAGCAGCGAGGCACUGGUGCGCGUGCUGGUGCUGGACGCCAACGACAACUCGCCCUUCGUGCUGUACCCGCUGCAGAAUGGCUCCGCGCCCUGCACCGAGCUGGUGCCCCGGGCGGCCGAGCCGGGCUACCUGGUGACCAAGGUGGUGGCGGUGGACGGUGACACGGGCCAGAACGCCUGGCUGUCGUACCAGCUGCUCAAGGCCACGGAGCCGGGGCUGUUCGGUGUGUGGGCGCACAAUGGCGAGGUGCGCACCGCCAGGCUGUUGAGCGAGCGCGACGCGGCCAAGCACAGGCUGGUGGUGCUGGUCAAGGACAAUGGCGAGCCUCCGCGCUCAGUCACGGCCACGUUGCAAGUGCUCCUGGUGGACGGCUUCUCGCAGCCCUAUCUGCCGCUCCCAGAGGCGGCUCAGGCCCAGGCCCAGACGGAAUCGCUCACCGUCUACCUGGUGGUGGCGUUGGCCUCAGUGUCGUCGCUGUUCCUCUUGUCCGUGCUCCUGUUCGUGGCUGUGCGGCUGUGCAGGAGGAGCAGGGCGGCCUCGGUGGGUCGCUGCUUGGUGCCCGAGGGCCCCUUUCCAGGGCAUCUGGUGGACGUGAGCGGCACCAGCACCCUAUCCCAGAGCUACCAGUAUGAGGUGUGUCUGACAGGAGGCUCCGGGACAAAUGAAUUCAAGUUCCUAAAACCGGUUAUCCCUAAUAUCCAGGCAAAAGGUCCUGGGAAGAAUAGUGAAGAAAACCCCACCCUUCAAAAUAGCUUUGAAUUUAAUUUUUAGUAAGAAUGCUAUUUACAUUUUCAUGUACUUUUUUAGUUUUAUAGAACCAUAUCAAUAUUAUUUAAUUUAAAACUAGUUACGUUAUUAUGCAAUACAACUAAUCGUAUUUUUAAUUUUUUCUUUUCUUCCCCCACUUUUUUUUUUUUUUUUGACCGAGUCUCGUUCUGUCACCCUGGCUGGAGUGCAGUGGUGUGAUCUCAGCUCACUGCAACCUCCGCCUCUCGGGUUCAAGCAAUUCUCCUGCCUCAGCCUCCCGAGUAGCUGGCAUUUACAGGCGCCCACCACCACGCCCAGCUAAAUUUUUUUUUUUUUUUUUUAAAUCUUUAGUAGACUUGGGGUUUCACCAUGUUGGCCAGGUGGGUCUCAAACUCUUGACCUCAUGAUCCACCCACCUUGGCCUCCCAAGGUGCUGGGAAUACAGGCGUGAGCCACUGCGCACCCAGUAUUUUUUUUUUUUUUUAUACAGAGUCUUGAGCCACCCAGACUGGAGGUCAGUGGCAGAAUCUCAGCUCACUGCAACCUCUGCCUCCUGGGCUCAAGCGAUCAGCUCACCUCAGCCUUCAAGUAGCUAGGACUACAGGCAUGCGCCACCGUGCCGGUUACUUUCUGUAUUUUUUGUAGAAAUGGAUCGUCACAACAUUUCUUAGGCUGGUCUUUGACUUCUGAGCUCAAGCGAUGCACUCCCCUCAGCCUCCCAAAGUGCUGGGAUUACAGGCGGCCAGGCCUAUGUUCAAUUUUCACGUAUUGCAUAUCAUUGUGAAUAACAUUGUAAAUCCUUUUUAUAUUAAGUAACAGGUAGUUAAUCCAUUUCUAAUGAAUAAUUUUAAGGUUUUAAUCCUUUCCAAGUGUACAAUAAUUUAUUGA